UCCAACAUGGAUGCCUGUCAUUCAUCAAAAUUUACAAACAUUGAAAAAAUACUUAGUCUUUAAUUUAAGAGCUUCAAUUGAAAUUUAAAAUAUUGAUCGAUGAUAGCAGACUUUUUCAACUUAAAAUCGAAUUAGCCGAAUCGAACCAAAAACCCCGAAAUUUAAAAUCGAAGAAUGAGCCAGUGGGGUGGUGAAACCUCAACCCAGCCCCAAGCUCCUGGUCAGAUUGCUUUCUUUGAUCCAGCCAGUUUUCAGAAGAAUCCGAACAACUUUCCGUCAAUUCCCAUGCCACAGCAAAACAAUGCUAAUGGACAUCAAGGACAAGUUGACAUUCAUGCUGAUGUGAAUACCCAAGGAAAUGUGCAAAAUGCUGGGAAUACAUGGGGUUCAUGGGACCCGCAGCGUAAUCCAUAUGCAGGAGAUUUUAAUGGAGGAGUACAGCAGGUGAAUAGUGAUCAGACAGGUAGUGUCGAUUAUACUAAUUACAAUGCACAACAAUUGCAAGGACAGGGUCAAUGGAAUAAUGUUCCAUUACAAAAUGAUCAUAGUGCUGGUCAGUGGGACCCUAAUACACAGGGUACAUUGGAUCCAAAUCAACAGUGGAACCAACAUCAGUAUAAUUAUCAGCAGGGAAUUGAUCCCAACCAGAAUGCUGGAUAUAGCAACUACUGGGCCGGACAAAAUGGCGAUUAUCAGCAUCCAGUAAAUUAUCAGGAUGUUGACCAAACUGGUCAGAACGCAUCAAGUGCUAACUAUUUUGGGCAAGCGCCAAAUGCCCUUUAUGCUCAAUCAGGUGCUAAUUAUGUACAACAAAAUACACAGGCAAAUGUAAUGACUGGUUCUGGAAAUUAUUCAGGUCAGACUGUACAAAAUAUUGGUGACUUGAAUGUAUCUCAGUCUACAGAAAGUGGAAGUUUGAACCAGUCUUUGGGUAAUGUAGAGGACGGAGGUGCUAUGGGAGCGUUCUAUAAUAAUGAUGAUUAUGAUGAAGAGGAGGGAGAGAGUGAUGACGAUGAUGAUGAGGAGGAGGAGGACAGUGAAGAGGAAGGGGAAAUUUCUAAUGAAAAUAACAGUAAUUUUGGGGCAAGUGGUAGCCAAAUGCAUCAUGAAAAUGAACAUCAUAAUGAGCAAGAUGAAAAUGUGCAAGCACCAGCUGUGAUUUCUAAUAGUCAAACGAAUCAAUUAGAAAUGACUGGUCAAAUGCAGGCAUUAACUAUACAGGAUAAUUUUGUCUCUCAAACUAGUGAUAAUCAGGGUGUAAAUCUAGUGAAUAUCCCUCUGUAUUCAAACCAAAGAAAUGAUGGAAAUAAUGUUAACAUGGAAGCACAAUUUGUACCUCAACAACAGCCUCUUGUUCCUCCGCAAACAUUAAAUUCAGGGGAAGUAAAUGAGGAUAAUUCUGAAAGUGAUAAUGGAGUUAAACAAGCAACUCCCACAUUUAGUGAUUGGGAAAUGGUACCAUCACAAGGUGUGGUAAAUACACACAGUAGAAAUGCAUCUACAGACAAUAAUGUUCACUUUUUUAUCAGUUCAGCAAAUAGUUCAGCAAGAGUAUCACCAGCCUCAUCAAAAGCUGGUGAAGAUAGGACUGUUAAUGUGCCGGAAGAUAGUAAGAAGGAAGAAACAGUGCCAAACAAACAGACUGGACUUCAGAAUGUUGGACAAAGCCAGCAGUCUGAAAUUGCAGAUCAACAAAAACUUGUGGGACCACCUCCAGCUCUGCCACUUGGGCCUCCACCUCCUAUGGUAGAGGGCAGUAAAGGUGUGAACCCUUUCCGUAAAUCACCCAAUAUGGAACCACCUGUUGCUUCUUCAAACAGUGAUGUUUCCAUGCUUUCAUCAACAAGACUUGAUGUAACACGACCUAACUUUGAGAACAGUCCAGUGGUGCUUAAUCAGUCAAUAUCUCCUAUUACAGCCAAUACGGAGGAUACAGCCCAGCGAGACAACGAAACUCGUCCCCCUGAUACACCUGUUUCAUCACAGCCAAGGAAAACUGCAACAGUCCAACAGAGCCCAAUUUUGCCACGUAAGGAAAGCCCGUUUCAGCCGCCAAAACAUGAAACCAGGACCAAGACAGCCAAAACUCCUCAUGACAUUCCAGAAAAUUCAGUUUCAGAUAAUAUUAAGCCUGGUCCGUAUGAGAGACAGGGUCGAAGAACACCAGAUCGUGAGUAUGGAAGGAGAACCCCAGACUGGGAUUCUGGAGACAGGGGAAAUGAAAGUAGAAGGUCUGAGAAGGACUCAAGACGGAGAACAGACAGAGAUAGGGGUUAUGAUGAAAGAGAUCGCUAUAGUCGUGAUAGGGACAGGUAUGGUCCUGAAAGUGAAAGGGUCACUUCCAGACCUCCUCCGGGGUCCAGUGCUUCAGAACGCGGGACACGGACUCGACAAUCGGCAUUCCAUCAUAUACAAACAAACAGGAGUAAAAACAAUGUAUCACCUGCUGCAUCAUUGUUAGAUGUAGCUGACGCUGUACCUGCAAUGUCAAAUAUUCUGUUAAUGCCAGCUGCAUCAAAUACUGCUGGAACAAGUACACAGAAUACUCCUGGAAAUGCACCAUCUGAGUUAACACCAGUUGUCUCAUUAAUUAGCUCCAUGAGUGAGCAGAUGACCACUGAAAACAUGGGGGAUGUUGGGAAAAAUGCUAAAAAUGAUAGUGAAGUAAGUGACAGAGAUAGAGACUCUAAAGAUAAAUAUCGAGAUAGAGAUCGCUACCGGGACAGAGAUGAUAAGUCUCGGUAUGGUAGAGAUCGUGACAGAGAACGAGGGUCUAGAGAAGACAUACGGGGUAAUAGAUCUUUUGAUAGUUUGAGAGAAAAGGGUUUAAAGAAUUCAAGAAAUGAUUCACGUGAGAAACUAAGCAUGUAUGGUUCUAGAGAUUCGCUGGAUAGGGAUGAUUCUCGGGACAGAAAUAGACGAGGGGAUAGUCGUGAACGGGAUAGGAGUUACAAAGAUGAUUAUUACGAUAGAUACAGAGAUCGUAACCGGCCCCCAAGUCGUACCUCAACAAUUGAUACAAGAAGAGAUUACCGAGAUAGAGACAGGGACCGUGACAGAGAUCGGGACAGGGACAGAGAUUACUAUAGAAAAACAGAUAGGUACGAUCGCGACAGACCCAGAUCUAGACAAGGUGACAGAGAUAGGGCUACUUCCCGGCUAGGAGAUACAGACAGACCGAGAUCUCGGGCUGACCAUGACCAGGAAAUAGAACGCUACAGAGAUAAAUAUAGAGGUUAUGAUUACAAUGAUUACUACAGGCGUCAGUACUAUGAUAGACAGUAUUACGAUUAUUACUAUGGUAACUACGGCCAGGGUUACUAUGACGAACACGGAUAUUUCCAUCCUGAUCCAGCAGCUCAAAGGUACCAGUAUGAUCAGUAUCACAGAAGGUCAAGAACAGGAACUCCUGGUUCCUUAUCUGACGGGGGUGAAGAAAUCUCUAGUAUAGCUGAAAAGAAAAAACGUUCAGACUCCGAGUCUGAUAAAAAGAGGUUUGACUACCCACCAGAUCUACAUGACUACUCACAACGAGGUUACGAUGACUACUAUAGUUACUAUGGUUACGAGCAGAACGGACAUCGCUGGGACCCGGACAUCUCUGAAUGGGUGGCAACAACCACUGAGGUGAUACCCCAAAGACAGACCCCAGAGAAAUUUAUGAUACCUCACAUGAGAGCAUGUUUUGGUCCCAAUGGUCAGCUGGUGAAAGUUCUGCCCAACAGACCCGCUGAUGGACAACCUGCUACUAUAGAGAUACAUGAUGUACAGAACAUGUUAGAGGAGAAUGAGGAGGCUGAAGUGCUGAGUCAGUUCCCAGGACCCUUGAUCAGGGGAGAAACUCAUAAGAAUGAUGUUCUGUUAUUCUGUCAAAACAAGGCAAAAAUAUGUACAGAGAACAUGAACCUCGAGGACAGAGAUUCUGCCGAGCUAAUCUGGAGGUUCCUUGAACUUCUUAUCAAACAGAAUGGAACUGUAGUAGGGACAGACAUUGCUGACCUUAUUUUACAAGGUCAUGAGCCUACAACCCAGGAGUAUCGUCGUUACGGUAUGAAGAUUGCUGCAAGCUCAGACAACCUAGAAGUUGACGAUGAAUCUGAGGAUAGUCAAAGUCAGAAGUUAUCUCGAGGUUCGACUCCGAUUGAUAGAUCGUUAGUGGUUGAUAGGUCAGUGAUUGGCAAGGGGAAGUCACUGGAAGAAAUGACCGAUAGGUUCAGACACUUGUUGAUGUAUGGCCGUAAAAAGGAUGCCCUGGACUGGGCAAUGAAACACAACUUAUGGGGACAUGCUUUAUUCUUGGCUAGCAAGAUGGACAGUCGAGCUCAUGCUAAUGUAAUGACAAGGUUUGCAAAUGUUGCAAUGCGUAUGAAUGACCCCCUGCAGACGUUGUAUCAGAUGAUGUCAGGACGGCAACCAGCAGCUGUUACUUGUGUUACGGAGGACAGGUGGGGUGACUGGAGGCCACAUUUAGCCAUGAUUCUCUCUAACCAUACACACAAACCUGAACUAGACAGGAAAUCUAUCACAACACUCGGAGAUACACUAUCUUCUAAAGGAUUUUUACAUGCCAGUCAAUUCUGUUACCUGAUGUCACAGACAAGCUUUGGUUCCUACAACAAGAAAUCUUCAAAGAUAGUGCUUAUAGGUUCUAGUCAUGGCCUCCCACUGCAAUACUUUGCUACAGAUGAGGCAAUACAAUGUACAGAAAUAUACGAAUACGCUCUAACUCUAGGAAAUACGAUGAUAAAUCUAACCAACUUCCAGAUCUUUAAAUAUCUGUAUGCUACGAGACUUGCAGACUAUGGGUAUGCUCAAGAAGCCUUGCAAUAUUGUGAAGUGAUCUCAAGAAAUAUAAACAUGAACCCUGCCUUUUAUCCACACAUUCUAGUCAAACUGGUUUAUGAUUUAUCUUGUCAGUUGAAGUUUUCCCACCCACAGCACUUUGAGGAAGAAGAUGUUGCUGACCCGGAUUGGCUCCGUGCUCUACAUACAACUCUUGUGCAAUUUGAGGAAGGUGCAAUACAGCCAGCGUCGGGGACGGCAACUCCAGCAUUUUUUGGUGGUCGUACAACAGCGAGUAGUGACAGCGGAGAAGUUGGAAUGUACAUGCAGGGAGCUGAUAAUGGUUCCAUGUAUGCACAGGAGGGAUCUUACGUGCCAAACAAUGGUCCCAUGUCAAGUAUACAUGAAAAUUAUCAACAGCAUCCGGUCAUGGAGACACAGACACAUUAUCAGGGAACACAGUAUGGAAAUGGCUAUGACACCACACAAACACAACAGUACAGCUCGGAACAUGUAACAACAGGGGCAGAUAAUCCUGCUUAUACUGGGGAAGGAGCAACCAAUCAAUACCAACAAGGACAGCAGCAGGGAGAUAACUCUUACCAGCAACAAGGACAGAUAACUACAGGUCAACAUGGAGACUUACAAUGGCCAGAACAAUCGGUGGAAUCGACCAGUCAGAAUCAACCUAACAGUGAUCAGACCAAUCAAAAUGCAGAUAACUAUCAACAUCAGACUUCAAGCAGUUUUACACCAUAUGGAAUGGCAGGUAGUGGAAGUCACUGGGAUCCCCAUAUGUCACAGUACCAAACAACACACGGCUUUCAUCCUAAUGUUAAUCUUGGUGAGAGUCAGACAUCAGCUAUAUCAGCAGAAUCUGCUAAACGUAGUAGUUUAGCAUCAACGUCGAGUUUCUCACAGGACGGGGGUGGCGAGGAGGGAGAUGAUCAGGUUGAUACAGCAGGGACACAUGAAACAGCACCAAGUAUAUUUGAUAUUCAGCCAACUCAGCAGAAAAUCAUUGCACCUAAAUUAAGAAAGCGAACAAUUUCUGAGACGAGUAAUGGAAGUGGCGCAGGACGGGACCGACACCCAAGCGGCAACAGAAGCCAUCAACAACAUAAGUCGGACGAUAACAAAGAAAGUUUGUCCCAACCAAAGCAGAAGCAAGCAGGUGGGGGUGGAAUCUUUGCCAAAAUAGGAGGUCUGUUUUCCCGGAAGAAUGAAAUGAAACUACCAGACGAUAAGGAACCAUCGAUUGUAUGGGACCCUGUAAAGAAGAGAUGGGUGGACAAGGAUGGUGGUGAGGAGGAGGAGAAACCAGCUGCCCCACCCCCGAAAGAUCAUGAAUUAAAAGGCUCAGGUCCAGCAGGGCAGCCAGUGGCACCAGUUGCAGGACCAACACCGGGCGCUGCAUCUUCUAGGGAUACACUGCCACCUAGUGGUAACAAGUUCUCUAUGAGAAGAGGUCCAAAGUAUGUAGAUGUAAUGAAUCCUAAACCUGCAUCAUCAUCUCAAGUGCCUUCCAGUUUGUUCCAUACAUUACCAAGUUCAAGAUCUGCCCCAGCUAUAUUUAAUCCUAUGGGUAAUACUGAUGGUUCCGCAUCAGAUUUAACAACACAGGUACAUGAUGCAAUCCCUGAGGAAAAAACUAGUCAAGGGGCAGACAACUCUAAUGUCUCAAACACUAACUCUGGCAAUCUGCAGUUACCUCCCACAGCUGAAAAUUUAUCUAGAAAUAGUUCUGGCAGUUCUCUAUCCAAAGAAGUUCAGAGAAUUAUGUCCAAGACAACAGCAUCAUCAGCCCACGAGAUGAACUCCAUGCCAACAAUGUUUAAUCCUGCACAGUUCCAGGCCAACCAGACAUUCAAACAGCCGGCUCCACCUGGCCCUGGACAUAGACUCUCCAACAGACGAGUUUAUCCAAAGUGAUUCUCACCUCAGGCUUCAUAUCUGUCUGAUACAAGACAGAGGCUGACUGACUGAAGAACAUAUAGGAAAUAAACUAAAAUGUCAGUCACUUGCAGGGUUUUGCCAUCACUGUUGCAAGCAUAUUCAGGACAUGGACUUGAUAACUGAAGUGUUCAUACAUGAUUAGUGGACAAGUCGGGUUUUUGUCUAAACAUCAUGACAUUACACAGUAGAUGAUUAAUCAAAGAUCAUUUUGGGUGAUGGAAAAUUAUUAAUGAACUGUGAUGUAUAGACUUGCGUUGUAAGAGGGGAGAAGGGUAGAAUGGCACUGAAAUCAGUAAUGUUGCUAUGGAAACAUCAUCUUACAUUUAUAAAAAUGAUAAUUAUUGUUGUCUUCAUGAAAUUUGAGUGGAAUAUUUCAUUGCCUGUGUUUACAUAGUUUUAUAUGAUAUGAUGUUGAUAAGAAUUCACUGGAAGAGCUUGAAACAGUUAAAGUUAUAAAUGGUUUGGUCAUUAAAUAAAAAUGUUAUUAAAAUGUAAAAAAAAUAUCUAAAAAGAAUUAUUCAAAUAUUUUCCAAUAUUAACAUUGUGACAAUUUUGCAUGUGAUGUUGCCAAAUGUGCAUAAUGUUACACUGGUAAGACUUGUAUAAUUUUAGAAGACAUUAAAUGAAAAGGAAAAUUGUUUUACAUGUAAGAUCAAAUAUCUUUCACUUACAAGCACAAGAUCUUGAAAUUUCAAGAGUGGCACAAUGCAUCCAAUGUUCACUCAGUGAAAGAUAUUUCAGUCCUAAAUGAAGCUGACAAAUGUCCUCUAUUUAAUUAGAAAAAAGAGAUGUGUUAUUUCAUGUCACCUUGAAUGUCAAGUUAGGAAAAUUAAAAUUGAGAAACUGACUGUGUAUCUUUUAAUUGGCAAUCAUGCUGCAGAUGUUUUAUGAUACACACUUUAAAAAAAAACAAUGUUCGGACAAAAGAUGACAAAUGUUUCUUGGAAUCAAUAAUGUGGGAUGGAAGGAUUUAGCAUUUUGAGUUAAAAUGUCUUCUGAGUUACAUCUUAUUGUUCACUAUAUGUUUUGUUUAUGAUAAUUAUAGUAUUUUAUGCUCUAGUAUCAUCCCAGUGAAGUUUGUUUUCCCCACCCAAUAUGUUAUGUUAUAUUAUGUUUAAGAAAUUUAUGUUUUAUUUAUUUCACUUUCAUUAUUAUAACUCUUGUGAUGGAAGUAUCAGCGCAUCAACAUUCUGUCAUUGUUCGGCUUUUUGUGAUGGGAUAGGCAGGCGUACAUAUAUAUGUAUAUAUAGAAAUGGAACUUGUGUCAUAACUUCACUAAUGUGUCAUAAUUUAUCAUUUCUUCUAUAUUGUUUUCUUUUUAUACUUGCAGAGCAGAAGUGGGGACAUGCAAAAUUGCGUCAGAACACUUUAUAUUAACUAGCUCUUAAGUGCAGUAGAAAGCUAAACUUUUAUGUAUAUUUUGUAAGUUACUUAGUAUGUAAUAUAAGCAUAAUUACUAUAUUGGAAAAAAUAAUUAUGUAAUGUGGCAAUUGCCUGUACAUAGUAUGAUAAGUGCUUCCGCUUUCUACGAACCAUAAAAAAUAUAAUUGGGGUACCAUAAAAAUUGUAAUGGGGAGCUAUUGAAUAUCCUCUGUUAUCCUUUUCUUAGUUAAAAGUGCUAUCUAGAAUUUGGCUGUGAGUUAAAGAGAGGUAAAAUAUAAAUUGCACUUGCUUGAAGAGUUUCCUUUCCAUAGAUUAGAUUAUGUAUUACAUAUGAAAUUGAUUAAUUGGAAUAAUUAAUUAGAUUAUAAAAAGGUCAGUAUGAACAUGUUAGUUGUACAUGUAUACGGCUAAAAUGUAAUUGAUCUCUUUAUCCGAUCAUUCUACAUUAAUGUUAAGUUCUCAUGAAAUUGUACAUGUGUGUUUUAGAGUUACCUGGAUUUCAUUACAGGAAGUUUGGUUUUUUUCAUUCACAUUGAAUUUUCACAUACUGUUCUGUUGAAUUAAAAGUGGCUGGCACAUGAAACUGCACUUCAAAUAUUUACCUAGAUAUGUUUGUUGCUCUAUUUAUUUUUAAAGUCAUUAAGAUUAUUAAAAGUAGAAAUUGUGUCUGUUGUAGAGAAUUGUUAAAACAGUCACUUUUAGUCAAAUACUUUGAAGUUUAUGAAAAUUGUCCUGAAUAUUUAUUUAUGUUGAAUAUAUCAUGUUUAUGUUGGAAAUGCAUUUAUAUCUAAUCCGGAUGGUGUAUUGAUUGUGGUAUAUAUAUUACAAAUGUCAUACAAAUCAGAUGUGUUGAAUCCAGUUGAUGCUUCCAUAUUCAUUAGCGUUUAAAUUUUGGCUUCAAUUCAAGAUGAAUAAACAUUGAAUUUAGCCUUGGUUUGGUUUAUAACAUAAAUACACUGACGAAAUUUUGCUGAGUUGUCUCUAGGCUUGAAAUGUAUAUUCAUACAAAGUUUCAUAAUAAUCUGUUGCUUAUUUAUCAAUGAAAUAGCAUAAUGUUAGCAUUUGUCUACAUUUCAGUCUCAAAACUUUUAUGAAAGCCAGUUUUUGUUGUCAUGUGAGGAAACCAUUGAAGAUAUCAAAUGAAGAUAUCAAAAAUUAUUCAAAAAUUGUACAUGUAAAGCAGUAAAGCACAAGAGAUAUCAUAUUUGAGUCAUUAUGAUUAGCAGUUAGUAACGGUGUACACAUAAAGUGCAGUGUUCCUGCAAUAAGCUCCCUACUGUUGUGGUACAGUAGUGAAUUCUUACCUAUCACCACUUUGUGCAGACAUACUUUAGUUUUGCAUGACCUUAUAUACUGUUCAUCGUGAAAUGUUACUUGUGUGUUAUUUAUUUGUUACAGGUAUGUUCUCUGGAGUUUUAUUUGUGAUCAUAUCACUAUAAUGCUGUAUUGUACAUAAUUUUACCAAGCCCCCACUAUACUAUGUGUUCUUUCUAUACUCUGUUGUCCUUUUAUCUGUUAAUUAAUUAAUCAUACUUUAAUUGAUUGUUAAUUUUUUUUCUCCUAUUGAAUUGUGAGAAUGGAUAGGUUUCUAGUUCAGCUGGUGGUUACUUCCCUUUGUCAUGUCUGCAGUCAUUUGCUUUAAUUUUAUGAUUGGAUUAAAUUUGAAAAUUAUAGAAUGUGAACUAAUUGAAGGAAUAUUUGCAAUUUGUUAGUUAAUUGUGUAAUAUGUUUCACUUUUAAUAGAAUAUGACUAUUAAAUAUGAAUAGAAUAUGAUUGUAAAACAUGAAUAGAAAUGAAAAAAUGUGAAAUAUAGAAUAUGAAUUUUUGAGUCUUUCGAUGACAUGAAUGUUUCAUAUUUCACCUCUUAAAGUACAAACUAGAACUGUUUACAGUAUUUCUUUUGUAACACUUCAUUUAUACAGUAACACUUUAUUGUUAAAUAGGUGUAAGUACAGGACACUUAUUUAUACAUUAACACUGUUACAAGCUGAUGUUUGUAUUGAUGACUUUUAGCAGACUGCACAGUAUUUAAUAAAUAUUUUACAAGAAGCCAGCUGGAUUCUUAUCACAAAAUGUAUAUUCUGUUACAUUCCAAAAAAAGUAGAUAAAUAACAAAACAAAAAACAGGCAAUAAAGCUGAAAUAAACAUAAUACCAUCAUAAUCUUAUGUUGGUAAUUGACAUUUAACCCUUAUCAUGCUGGCAGGAUUGAUUCUAACUUUCCAACCAGUGUAGAUCAUGACCAGCCUCCACAUUUGUGCAGUCUGAUCAUCAUCUGCACUGUUUGCCAUUCAGUCAGUAUCUUUUUUGGUAUGCACUCCUAUUAACAGUUAAUGGUACUGUCCAGAUGGAUAAGUUCAUGGUAGAAAUUUAGCAGGGUAAGGGUUAUGUGAAUUGAUUGUUUGUUUUGAAUAGUUGUUCAGAAUGAUCCACUUGAAAGAUAGAUAAUACUGGUCUUCGAAAAGAACAUUAUGUUUUAUCAAGAAAGAAUGUAAUAUAAGAGUAAUGUUUAUAUGUGUGUGUUUCAUUUCUUGAUUCUUGGAAUGAAAACUUGUUGUUUUGUCAAAGAACAAUGUUCUCCUUCAUACUGCAUGUUUAAUUUAAUUAGAUAACAUUGUAUCAUUGUUUUAUUUCAAAAAGCAGAUUUCAUAUACAUGGUUAUGAUUUACAUAUGAAACUAAUGAAAUAAAAUAUUUCAUCUUAAAUGUGGAA